GCCGACCUUCAGCCCCCACCGCUGCGGCAUCGCCGCCCCGCCGCCCCUCCGCCGAGGCACCGCGCCCCUCCGCCCGGGCACACGCCAUCGCUUCGCGACCCGUCGCCGAGCCACCCGGUGUGAAUCAACCUAUCAUCUCUGAAUCAUCACUUUAAUCCUACUAACUUGACAACCAUUGUAUGCCAGCUUGUGUCAACACCAGACCUGAGGUGUUCCUGACCGACCAGAUCUUUUGGGAAUUUUUUGAAAAGGAAUUCUGGUGGCUAAAAGAUGUGCCAUGGAAUGGUAGCACCAAAGAGCAACACAGGAUUGUCUCUUGCCUUGACUAGCCAUGGGUUAUUUGUUUUGCUAGUUAUCUUCAGUACCUUUAUCUUGGAAACACAGGCCACAGGCUGGCUCAGCAAAUCCAAAGGACCUGCAUAUUGUCCCCAGCCACCACAGCCUGAGAAUGGAGGCUAUAAAUGUCACCCUAGCCCCUGCAACAACCCUCUGACUUCAGGGAGUGUCAUAGAGUAUCUGUGUGUUGAAGGCUACAUGCUGAAAGGAGACUAUAAAUACCUGACCUGCAAGAAUGGGGAAUGGAACCCAGCCAUGGAAGUCAGCUGCAGACUUAGCCCAGAAAAGGACUCUCCUCCAACAAUUGGAGUCCCCACGCUGUCCAUAGUAGCCUCCACAGCAAGCUCUGUCGCCCUGAUUCUGCUCUUAGUUGUGCUGUUUGUGUUGCUGCAGCCAAAGCUGAAGUCAUUCCAUCAUAGCAGGCGAGACCAAGGUGUGUCUGGAGAUCAGGUCUCCAUCAUGGUGGAUGGUGUCCAAGUGGCCUUGCCAUCCUAUGAAGAAGCAGUGUAUGGCAGUGCAGGGAACUGCAUUCCACCCUCGGACUCCCGCGUGCAGAUCGUGCUCUCGGAGGGAGCUGGACAGAACGGAGCCAGGGAGGUGCAGCAGCAGCAGGACCAAGGGGCUCGCAGUGGCUUUGAAAGAGAAGAUGAAGCCCCCGGACAUUCUGGACUGUGUGAAGCCAGUGGCUCUCAACGCUCUGAAACUGUUCUUGUGCAUCAGGCUGCUACCUCUUCCUGGGUAGCUGGCAUGACUGGCAAUAGAGCUGUACACAAAGAGGUCCAAGAUUCAGAAAGCAGUGAUAUACAGAGCCUUUUAUCACUCACUUCCUCUGAGGAAUACACAGAUGAUAUUCCCUUAUUGAAGGAAGCAUGAGGCCUGCUGUGUUUGUCUAAGCCUUGUCCCUCUUGGAUUUCUUCCUCCUCCUCGUCUCCCCCUGCCUUUGGGACAGAAGCACUCUGUGCAGCCUUCCCCGUCCUCGCAAGCUGUGCCCCGGAUACCUCCAAGUAGAGAUGCCCUCAGCUGAAGAUCCAAAGGAUGUUGCCAGGUUGCCUCCUGGAUGCACCAGUGGAGUUGGUGCAGAGCUGGCUUCCCCAUUCCAUCUGCAUCAGGGGCUCAAAGAACAGAGUGGAUUUGAGCUCUUCUCUUCUCCUCUCCCCUUCCCCAGCCAGAUGUUUGACAGCAGUCUCUGAAGAGCUGCUCUUUCUUGUGCCUUUCUCCUCCUCACACCGGCUUGUUGCAGCUUAUCAGCUUCUCCAGCCCUUCUGCUGUCCGGAGAGCAAGGGCUAAAACCACUUGCUCCCUGGGUGCAGACACAGUUUAUAUAUACACCAUAUAUGUUAUUUAGGCUCUUCUUCCAGCAUCCUCUUUGUGAUAGAACAGGACAAAACGCCUCGAUGGGACUGAAGCUGGGCUUGGGAGGUAUCCCAGUUGAGGGGCAGCUCAUGAUGUCUAGAAACAUCUCAAAUGAGAUGGGCUGUGCGACAUCUUAGCUGUGCAAUAACAGUUCAUUGAGGCGUGCUAGAGCACUGAAGGCUGAGAAGUCCAACUUGUAGGAAUGCCCUCUGACUCUUCUCUAAAAACAUCUCUGCAGGAACACAUUCCUGAAAAAUCACUUUUUGUCUUCUCCUUCCUCUAUCUGUGCAGCCCCCUUGGUUAUGCUGUGUUUUUAGAAGCUGGGACUGUACUGCCAAUAAAACAACCCUUUUAGCUCUGGUCUGGUGCCAGAGCAGCUUCUUAUCUUAGGUUGUAGAAGAGCCUUGGAGAAUGGCCAGUGGUUAGCAGGGUCCAGAAAGCUUGGAGGGUGUGAAUUCCACAUAAGCAACCAUGUGUUAACCAUGAGUUAGCCCUUUCACCGAGACAUCAGGACUGGAAGCAAAUUUGUGGCCCUGCUCUUAUACAUAAGCUGUAUGUCUCAAAGCUUUUUCAGUUAAGAUAGUUCUACAUUAAAGCCUAGAUUCCUUUUGGUCAGAUCUUCAGGCUGAGGUAACAUUUUAAGUGGUUUUGAAAAUAUUAAGAAAGAAAAAAUGCCUGUAGGUCAUGAAUGUCCAGUGCCAUUGGUACAAUCCCAGAUUACCUUUCCAGCCACACUGGGUACCUUGGUACUUGAAUCCUGGGUAGCUGCCAUCUCAGGGGCUAGUAUAUCUUCCCAGCUUCAGACAGCAAGAAUCUGCUUUAAACUAAUGGGCUUCAGUAGGCCCACAGAGAAGGGCUUCUUCCUUGUGGCUAGGUGUAAGCAGCAUUUAUAAAGUCUCCCAAAUUCAACAUGGUUGCCUGUUGCUGUGAGAGGAGGUCAGAUACAUUGACAGCAGUGCCAGAGGACACCAUAGCUUAUUCCUGAACCUAAGUUAUGAAGAUGGUUUCAAGUUCUGGUAGCAGGGAAAAGAAAAUCCAAAAAUAAGUAUACCUCUGUCGCCCAUGGUUAUCUGUAGCAGGUCAGAAUGUCCUGGUUGCUGUUAACAGGACUCUCAUUUUUCAGGGAGCCAUAUUUGUCUGGGGUAGGUGAUCCAAUCACAAAAGCAUCGUGGUGGUUGUAAGGUUCUUCACGAGGGUCUGGACACUGUGUUCCAUGGGAUUGGUUUCAGCAAGAACAGUUGGCUUCUUAGGUGCAUGUACCUUGUCAUAACUGUCUUGAAGUAGCUAGGAGAGCAUUUGCCCAGUGAGAAGCUGGUAAAUUUUUAUUUGAGUUGAAGGAGCAAAAUAUCAUGGCCUUACACAUCAUGUGGUAAUGUACAGGUAUAUAGGGAUGUUGUCUUUGCUGUUUUGCUUUUUGUUUGUGAUCCUCACCAUCCUCAUCUUUGUUGUUUCAGGAACAUGCUGUCACAGCAGUUGAUAGAAGUGACACAGCAUCUUCUUAUGUAAAUUCACUGUGGCUUAUCUCCAGUUCCUGGAAAUGGAGAUUGGCCACAGUAUCCAGCCAUGCACCCACUGCUCCUGUUCCUGUUAAGCUGUUGAAUCCCAGGACACCUGGGACAGCAUGUGCCUGUGGAUGGAAGAAUCCUAUUUUCCAUAUCCUUGUUUUAGAGGGAUAUUAUUAAGUUAAAAUGCAGUAUUUUAAACUUCUCUCCCUAUUGCUCAUGCUACCUUGCAUUAAGACAAUGAUUUGUUAAAUCCACUUUGGAUAUUUUUUGUUCAGUCUGGAUGAUGGAAAUUCCCCAUUGUUUUGCAGUGGGCUGUGGUGUCUCAGCUUCAAACAUUGUCGAGGAGCAAAUGUUCUUUGCACAUCUGCUGUUUGAAUUUUAGAAAAUAAAUGUUUCAGUUUUAACUCCUGCCUUGGAAAUAGUCUAAGCUUGAGAAAAUUGUCUCAUUCACUGCUUUUAUCCAGGCAGAUGGAGAGAUCAAGAGAGUGUAGUGGUAAGGCUGCGGGCGUGUGGAGUGAAGAAUAGGUGACUUUCCUGCUAUUUAAUCAACUCAGAGCAGAAGGAGAUGCUCUUUAAGGUCCUAUCUAUUCAAACUGACUCUUGCAAACAAGGUGUAGAAGCUAGGUACCUUGCAGCCUUCCUGCAAAGGAGAGUUGUUUCACUUAGUGUUUGCACUGGGUUGAUGGGAGAAUCCUGCGACGAAGCUGGAAGCUGAUCUUAAGGCCUGACCUUGCCCCGUGUGGCCCUGCCUCCUCAUUCUGCUGUUGUAAAGCACCAAGCUGCCAAUUCAAUUUAAAAAAUUCAAUUUGGGUGGAGAAGUAUGCACAGAAGAGGGAGUGCUUUAAUUUUGUUUCAUUUAUAGAAAUUGUAGGAAAUGGCUUUACUAAGGAGGGAGGGAAAUGCAGAGGUGGAGGGAAAUGUGCAAGCAUAGAUUUUGUGAUCAGGCAUAAACAGGCAGCUUCUGUUGGCAUGCUUGUGGGUAAACCAUCAGCUCCCAGGCCAGUCUCUGCUCAUAACCUCUGUUGAUUCUUAGAGAAAAGCCUGUCCCCUUCAGCAGCACCUGUGGGAAAUGGCCAUAAAGGACCCAUGCAAGCCACAACAGGAAAAACAAUUUAUGGGCAUCCCAUUCCUCUUGCCCACCUCCUCAGUUUUAGAGUUUAGUUUCAUAUAAAAUGAGGUGGAGUAGAUGGGGAGGAACCUGAAAGAUGUCAGCUUGACAGGUUUUUUUCAUGGAAAAAGGCUUCACUUUCCUGAUUAUCAAGUGAUUGUUAUUCAUGUCUGUUUUAAUUCUGUGGAGUCUGAAGGAUUAGGAAGUCUUCUAGGUGGAGAUCUAAGAAAAGCUAAAUUGCACAGUUGUGUCUUAUGGGAGCUAGGGCUGAGGCUUAAACAUCCCUCAGGUGUGAGCUUCUGAUCUAUCUCAGGAGUAGUCAUUACCUCUGAGCAAAGCUUGUGUCCUCUUUGGCUGCUGGCGAGCCUGGAUUGCUGUUGAGCCUGGAUCUCAUCAUGGGAACACAGGAGCUCAGUCUUGCAAAUUGCAACAUUUUUUCCUACCUAUGUCUGGCAAAAGAAUUCAAAGGGAGACAUUUUUUCUUAAUUUGGCACUCCUGAGAGAAUCAUCUCAUGUUCUGUCAUGCAUGCUGGAUCCUGUGAUACUCAAGAAGUUUAAAAUGAUUUAAGUACUUUGGAAAAAAAAACAGCACUUAUUUUAAAGAUUUUUAUUAUUUUUUUAAUCUGAUAGGUUAAAAAUAAUUGUAAAGGAAUUUCAGAAAUUCAGAGUACUAUGUGCAAUAGGAAAACCUCCCUGCUCCCUUUCAGUUGCAUAGUUGGUGUUUUUUAAAAAAAAAGAAAAAAAACCAAAAUGUAAUCAACUGCAGUGUUUACAACCCAAAUGUUGCAGAACUUGGACCAGUCUGAGAGAACCAGAAAGUGAAGCUGACUAACCCAUGGGGAAGCAGGGUGGUCUCCUGUCAGCAUCAUGGAGCUCAGCUCAAAUGCUCAUGUCAGAACCUGCUCCACCUUGGAAAGGGGGUCAACAACUCUGGUGAGAGAGAUGGGUUUGUGUGUCCUGGUUUUAAAUAGCUUGCAUCUCCCCAGCAUUAACUGCACAAGAGGUAAAAAAGUGAAGUCAGGAGGACAGCCCUGCUGCAGCAUGUGAGCCUGUGGGGUUGGUAGAGUUGAGCUAAAACUUAAUGAGUUUGGGAAGGAGAAGAACUCAAUGCAUUAUCCUUUUCCUUAACCAUCAGGGAACUUGCUGUGCAAAGGAAUGCUUACUCAGCAAGCAUGUUGCUUGCUGUUCACCUCUUGGACAUCUCUUCUCAGGUUUCUCCUUAGCCUUUGAGCAUGGUGAUCUGGUAUGGUGAUUCUUUUGAUGCAUCUGAAGCCUUGAUUUGGCCUUUCAUCACAUAGCCAGGCAUGUUAGGAAGAAAUCUGUUCCACUUGUUUUGAGAGUAAACAUCCUGAGAUGCUCCCAGAUGUGAGUGACUUGGGUCAGUAGUGAGGAGCACGACUAAGAGAGCAACAAGCUCAGCUACUGAAAAUGAUCCGGAAUGAGUAAGUCAUUUGCAGCACAGAAAAGGGAACACAAGGUGGGGGUAAGGAAGAGUUGUGACUGAAAACAGGUGUGCUGCAAGCUAAGGGGGGUUAAUGCAUUUAUGGAUAGGUUGUAAGGAAGCUUGUGCUUCGUUUUGAUGAGUUACCAGACACCAGCAGGCUUGCUGUAUAAAAAUAUUAACAUACAUCUGGUUGGACACACUGAGAUUUCCUUGUUGACCUUUUUAGAACAUAUUUGCAAAACCUGAUUUUACUGUUCUGGUAGCAGUUGUUUAAAAAAAAAAUCUGCCUUAUUACUCCAGAUAACUCAUUAAAUCAAUGUCACUUUCUGGUUUCUGUACGUAAAUGCAAUAAAUCCCAUCCAUUUUUGCACAUCCUGCCUCACCCUAUCCUCACCCUCCAGUCCUUACCAGGGAACUGCAGAUUGAACUUGCUCUUUGUGAAAACCUUGGCUGGCAGAAGAACUCCAUUAGCAAAUGCUUAUUCUCUAUGAUACACUUUGAAAGCACAGAGAGGUUUCAUAGAACAGACUUUAUUUUAAGGCAUAUUUUUAUACAGGAAAUAAGCCCUCUUUCAGUCCUUCAUCCUCUUCUCCUUCCCUUCCACACCAGGACAGAGCAGGCCACUUCCCACACUUCUCUUCAGGGCCGUGUGUUCAGCACUGCUUCCAAACUCAACCCUCUGCAGAUGGUGUAUGUGUAUACUCACCCACCAGAACAGGUUCUACUGAUGCUCUGCGUGUGCUUUCUGUAAGCUGUGCUUUUGCUCCUGUCCUGGGGUGUGCGAGGACAAGGCAACUGAGCUGUGCUGGAAGAGAUUUUAGUUCAGAGUCUCAAAUUUGCUUCCUUCCAAAAGAAAGCAAAGUGAAGCUGUCUGUGAAGCAGAUGUCCUAUGAUGUGGUGGGUAGGCUGCUGGUAGUUGCUUAUGCAAAUGCAAGGGGAGCUUGAUUGCCUUUGUGCAUUAAACUUUUCUUUCCUGUAUGUGUUCUCUUUUUAGCUGAAUUGCACCACUAUGGAAUUAUUUGCAGAAUGGUACUCCAUAUAUAUGUGGGAUUUAAAAACAAAACCAUAAUUGAUGCUGUGCAGGAUGUCAAUCGGUUUUAUUUUGCUUUAUUUUAUAUAUAUUUUCUGGUAUCCUGUACAUUGCAGUGGGUGUGAAGAUAGUAUUUUAAUAUUUGUACAAAGUUUAAUUUAAUUGUUCUAUGUAUAUAACUGCAUUUCUAAAUUAAAAAAAAAAAAAAAGUUCUUUUGAAGUGAA